AAACCUUUGUUUAUGCUAAUGUGAGUGAAACUCCCCUAGUCCCUUAGCUGUUUGGUGUAAUUUAUCAAAACAUUUUCAGUCUGCAGUGCUGGUGUUUACCAGGAGACUGCAACAUAAUUAUGCAUGCGAAACUGGCUUCAAUCUGGUUCGCUGGAGCGUGUUUGUCAAAUUGGUGGCACGUGGAGUGGAUCUGCACCUACAUAUCAGAUUGUUGUGUGCCCCACUCUGAAUGAUCCUGCAAAUGGAAAUGUGAACCUGAGUGGAGACACUUUUGGACAGACAGCAGAGUACACAUGUAACACUGGCUUCAAUUUGGUUGGAGACUCACUACUGACGUGUGGUCCUGAGGGCCAGUGGAGUGGCAACACUCCUGUAUGCGAGGCUGUCCAGUGUCCUCCCGUUGGAAGUCCCGUGAAUGGCUCACUGCUAAUAUCUGGAACUGGUAUUUAUCAAGACUCUGCACUAUCUGUGUUCGAGGAUGGUUUCAAUCUGGUCUGCAUGUCAGAGCGUGUUUGUCAAAGUAGUGGCACAUGGAGUGGAUCUGCUGCUACAUGCCAAAGUAAGUAACUUCUCUAUGCAUAAUUAUAUAGAUAUUGCAAUCAGACACCUUCAUGAUGUUUUGUAUAAAUGAAAAGCACUAAAGUGCAAACCCUCGGCGAACUGCGCAUGUGCGGUACCACUAAAUUGAUGGGCUGGGCUAUUACAGUAUG